UAUCUGAUGAGAUUUGGUCCCUUCUUCCACCCGUAGGCGCCGUGUAGUGAGUUUGCUUUUCGGUUCUGACAGUUCGGGCGCCAUGGAUGUGAACCAGCCUAAGCAGGAACACCUAUUGGCCCUCAAAGUGAUGCGCCUCACAAAACCAACUUUAUUUACCAAUAUCCCAGUGACAUGUGAAGAACGUGACCUUCCAGGUGACUUGUUUCAUAACCUCAUGAAAGAUGACCCUUCUACAGUAAAAGGAGCAGAAAUCUUAAUGCUGGGAGAAAUGUUAACAUUACCGCAGAAUUUUGGAAACAUCUUCCUGGGUGAAACAUUCUCUAGCUACAUCAGUGUUCACAAUGACAGCAGUCAAACCGUCAAAGACAUACAAGUCAAGGCAGACCUGCAGACAAGCUCCCAGCGGCUCAACCUGUCUGCAUCCAGUGCUGUAGUGGCUGAACUAAGAUCAGACAGCUGUAUAGAUGAUGUCAUUCAUCAUGAAGUUAAAGAGAUCGGCACACACAUAUUGGUGUGUGCUGUAAGUUACACCACUCAGACAGGCGAGAAGAUGUACUUCAGAAAGUUCUUCAAGUUCCAGGUCCUCAAACCUCUUGAUGUGAAGACCAAGUUUUAUAACGCAGAGAGUGACCUCAGUUCUGUGACAGACGAAGUGUUUCUGGAAGCCCAGAUCCAGAAUAUCACCACUUCACCUAUGUUCAUGGAGAAGGUGUCGCUAGAACCAUCUAUAAUGUACAACGUGACGGAGCUGAACAGUGUGGUCAGCAAUGGUGGGGGGUUGUCUACAUUUGGAACAAAGACUUACUUGCAGCCACUGGACACACGACAGUACUUGUACUGCUUGAAGCCGAAGCCAGAAUUUGCCGAAAAAGCCGGUGUCAUCAAAGGGGUCACAGUAAUCGGCAAACUGGACAUUGUGUGGAAAACCAACCUGGGAGAACGGGGCCGACUACAGACCAGCCAGCUACAGAGAAUGGCUCCGGGAUAUGGCGAUGUCAGACUUUCUUUAGAGACCAUCCCAGAUACGGUCAGUCUGGAGGAACCAUUUGAUAUCACAUGUAAAAUCACUAAUUGCAGCAGUGAACGGACCAUGGAUCUGAUUCUAGAAAUGUGUAACACUAAUUCCAUUCACUGGUGCGGAGUAUCAGGAAGACAGCUCGGCAAACUGCACCCCAGCACCUCGCUCUUCCUCAGUCUGACACUUCUGUCAUCUGUGCAGGGCUUGCAGAGCGUUUCCGGAUUAAGACUGACGGACACAUUUUUAAAGAGAACUUAUGAAUACGAUGACAUUGCUCAGGUGUGCGUUGUGUCUUCUAAGGUUCAAGCAUAAAAACUGUCUCAUCUCUAUCUCCAUCUCUAUCUCGGAGACAUGAAGGCCAACGUCUCCAGGAGCAAGGCGCACACUUCAGACACAUGACCUGUUUACAGAUGAAUCAAGCUCGUUUUAUUGUUUAAUGGUUCUUUUCAUUUGUCAGCAAAUGCCUUUUAUUUUUAAAUGUGUGUUUUAAUACACCGUCUUUUAUCGCAUACACCACAAAAAUAAAGUGUAAAUAGGAAUUUAUUUAUUUGAUAUACAGCCUUUCCACUUGCCUUGCACUCGGACAUAAACAUUUUACUUGAAUCAAAGCAAUU